CCUUCUUAAGUGCCCUUAAAUUUACCCCUCAUUGCUUGUCUUAUCUGUGGCACGAUCAUUUUCCAAAAAAUUUUCCCCCUCUACUUCCCGCUGUUGUGCUCAGUCAAAGCUCCAAUCCACCAGAUUCAAUCUCCGAUCCCUCUACUCUCGUACUCACCAUAUCCAACACUCUGUGUUUACUUGCCUCCCCGCCGCCAAAAUGACGCAAAAGUACUAUGUCACCUAUAAUCAGGUCCACAAACUAUGCCAGGACUCUGCCGACAAGAUCUUGUCCACUAUCCGCCCUAAUUUGAUGAUCGCCAUUGGUGGUGGUGGUUAUGUUCCUGCUCGUAUCCUCCGAUCUUUCCUGAAGCGCUCGGGCGAGCCCAACAUUCCCAUCCAGGCUAUCGGUUUGUCCCUUUAUGAGGACCUCGGCCGUGGCGAUCCGGAGGAGGUUCCUGGUACCAAGGUCACCCGGACACAGUGGCUCGACCUUAGCUCUUUGGAGAUGUCGAACUUGAUUGGCAAGAACAUCCUUAUUGUUGAUGAGGUUGACGACACUCGCACAACCCUCGAGUACGCCGUGCGCGAGCUCCAGAAGGAUGUCGAGGACGCGCAGAAGCAGCUCGGACGGGAAGGCGAGAAGACGAACUUCUCUAUUUUCGUGCUUCACAACAAGAACAAGUCCAAGAAGGGUGUCUUGCCAGCUGAUAUGAUGGAAUCCGGUCGUUACCAUGCCGCGGUUACUACCGAGGAUGUGUGGAUCUGCUAUCCUUGGGAAGCCAAGGACAUUGAUGAACACGACCGCUUGGCCAAGGAAAACCCUCUCUUUUAAGCUUCUCGUCCGUCACCACUUGUAUAACUUAUCCGACGCUCGAUGCCCCGGGCCCGCCGUUCCUGCAUCCCAGUUCAUCUAUCAUGCAUAUACAUUGCUUCGCUCUACAAGACACAUUAUACUCUUUUUUUUUUCCGACAUCGGGCAUUGCUGGAUGGUGUUAUUUGAUUGAUUUUUAUAGAACAAAAGCAUGAGACCACUGAAGAUCAAAUCGUCUGGCUUUGCAUGCCAAAAUGCAGCGACCAUCUAUUCGAUGUGGACGCUCCCGCCCGCUCCGCGAAUGGGAUAUUUCAUCAUUCACACAGAACUAGAAAGACGGCCGUAACGUCUUCGAGUACUGCACUUACCCCUCCGGAACCACCAGGACUGGUUAGGGGAAACCCCUACAUUUCAGCGUAUCUGUUGGAUCUUCAUCCGGCACAACAAGAUGGAAGCAGUUACUUCGGGCCAUUGUCCUUGGCCUACCUGGUUUUUGGUCUAGAUUGCCUAUUG